AUGAUCGAGACCAUCGAAAUUCUGGAUCUUAUUGAGAGCGCGUCUCCCGAGCGGUCAAACGAUGGCCAGCGGGGUUUUCUUGGGGUCGGCAAAAACAACAACAACCCGGGACAGCAGCAUCGACUGGCUGCUCCGGCGGGGUCUUCUUCGCACGUUGUUUUACAGGAGAUGGACGAAGUCUCCUCAAAGGAUGAUCCGGAUGCCAACUCCCUCCUGGACAUGGACUAUAAAGAUAUCAAGCUUGGGCUAGAUGAGGAGCAGUGUCCAGUUUGUGGUGACCGCGUCUCUGGCUACCAUUACGGCCUCCUCACAUGUGAAAGUUGUAAAGGUUUCUUCAAGCGAACGGUCCAGAAUAAGAAAGUGUAUUCAUGUGUGGACAAUCGCAGCUGCCAGAUCGACAAAAGUCAGCGCAAGAGGUGUCCGUACUGCCGCUUCCAGAAGUGUCUGACUGUUGGCAUGAAGCUGGAAGCUGUUCGGUCAGAUCGUAUGAGAGGUGGGCGCAAUAAGUUUGGGCCCAUGUAUAAAAGAGACAGAGCACUGAAGCAGCAGGCUGCCCGGCAUGGCCAUGCCCUUCCAGGCAGUGAUCUACCACUUGUGCCAAAUGGGAUGCUAGAUGUGGGCUCGCCUGGGUCUCCGGAGGAUGUAAAACCAGACCCCCACGUGCUGCAGAACAGUCUCAAUAUGUAUGUUGGUGCUGUGUCGAACUCUGCUACCUCGAACCUUAUCCCGGGGCUUGUGCCAGGCCCUGCCUGUCUGUCUGCAUCCGCGGCUGCUCCUACAUCUUCUGCCUCAAUCACAACGUCUGCUGGAGGCCACAUGGUGAGCUCCUCGCCGCCCCCAGCUCAUCCUCAUCAGACACAACACCACCACCAACAACCUCCUCAUCGUUUGGUGCCCAUAUCAGCUCAGGACUUCACCCAGAACUUUGUCCAUAUCACAGCAGUUCCACAGUCCCCACUAAGUCCAAAGACUUACUACCUGCAGCCUCACAGAAACCACCACCACCAACAGCAGCAGCAGCACCACCACCACAAAGGUAACAGCAUCAUGGAGCGAGCAGACUCAAGUCCGCCUGCUUGUCACCAGCCACAACACACCCAAGCCUUACCAGACUUCCUUGUGUCUCACAACCAGUCCCUGGGCAGAAAUUCUCAGCAGAGACAUGGCAACAAUUUACUGGGGCCUGGCAUACCUGACCGUGAACCCAGCUAUCCCAGUGUCAUAGAAGCCUUGAGAUGUUACCAGGCAUCUAUGAUCUCUGGACAGACGGAUCGCCCAGUGGUGUCACCUUUAAUUAGUGAGAUCAAAGCCACUCUUCUGGAUGAAGCUGAGGUCAAACACAAGAUGGUGACCUUCAUGCAGAACGAGCUGUUGCAGACAGACAUUGCCAGCCCAGAGCAGUUCCUGCCAGUUUUGUGUCGUAUGGUAGACCAGCUGUUGUUUCUGAUGGUGGAGUGGGCGCGGAGCUCUAUGUUCUUCAAAGAGAUUAAGGUUGAGGAUCAGAUGAAACUGUUACACAACAGCUGGAGUGAGAUCUUGAUCCUGGACUUUAUCUACCGCCAGGUGCACAACGUCUGGGGCAAGGAGAUUGUUACGCCAAGUGGAGAUGUGAUCGGGUUGGACAUUUUGGACGAGCUAGGAUUGGGAGAUGUUAGAGCUAAGGUGUUUGAGCUGGUCAAGAAGGGCCGGGAGUUGAAGCUGGACCUGACUGAGUACAUGUGCCUUAAGUUUAUCAUUUUGCUCAACCCAGAUGUGUCGGGCCUUGAGAACCGAACCUACAUUGAACAGAGUCAAGAAAAGGUAACUGCCGCCCUUCUGGAGUACUGCCGGCUAGUGUAUCCCAACGUCAGUGACAAGUACAGUCAGCUGCUGAUGCGGCUGCCAGAGAUCAGGCUCAUCUCCAUCCGCACUGAAGACUUUCUUUACUUCAAACACCUCAGCAAUGAAGUGCCUGACCAGACUUUACUGACUGAAAUGCUGCAUGCCAAACGAGGCUGA